AUGGAAGAACCCAAUUUCCAUGCCUCAGAAGAGGCAGCCACUGGCGAUGCAGCAAAUGGGCAGCUAGGUAGUGGAAUUGUACAGAACGAUCAACCUCAACUUGGAGAUGCCCCUAACAAAAAACAGCGCGACACAGGGGGAGAGCCCGAGGGGCCAAAAAAUCUUAGCCCUCCGCUUUUUGGGCAACAGGCACCUGUAGAGGAGUUACACCCACAGCAUCCUUUGCCUUCUACUGGAGACGCGCAUGAUGCAGUCGUAUGCGUCAAUCCAGAGAAUAAUUCUGAAGAUAUUAGUGACACCGGGCUGUCGAGUGCCCGCGCCGAAGAGCUUCUGGCGGUAUACGGGCCCAAUGCUGUGAAGGCCAAACAGAUUCCGGAGUGGAAAAAGGUCGUGCAGCGCUACUUGCGCGUGACACCAAUCUUGCUAUUGAUUGCAUCGCUUUUGUCAGUCUCUGUCGAAGUUGACGGGAGUCGAGAUUGGCUAUCGUUUGGCUUGCUUCUGUUUCUUUGCAACGUUAUGGUUUGGGCAGACUACCUUGGUGAGAGAUCGGCAUCCGACGCAAUCAGUGCUGUUGAGAAACUGGCAGCUGUGGAAUGCAGCGUCAAGCGUGACGGAUCGUAUGGUCCCAUUAAUGUUGUCGAUUUAGUUCCAGGUGAUGUCAUUUGGCUAAAGGCAGGGAUGGUAGUCCCAGCAGACGGCGUUUUCGUCCCUCCUCAGAAGCACAUAUGCGUGGAUGAGUCCGCACUUACAGGGGAAUCCUUGCCGAUUAAAAAGUUCAGAGGCUCCGAACUGCUUAGUGGUUCUGUGGUACAACGAGGAGAAGGGGCGAUGCUAGUCCAAAGAACCGGGGUGCAUUCGUUCUACGGCAAAACUAUAGCUCUUCUAGCUCGCGCAGAAUCGAAAGGCCACCUGCGCACAAUUCUCGACGCUGCUGCAAAGGUCUUGACAUGGACUGCUGUGGGAUUUGCCGUUUUUCUGAUAUUUUGGGAGAGAUUCCACCCGGUGUGGAGAGAGAACAGCCACGGCGACGCUAGCGUGGGCAUCCUCUUCAAGCGAGCCUUCACGUUAAUAGCUGCUGUUAUUCCUGCUGCCAUGCCCGUGGUCACCACCACUGUACUCGCCGUUGGAGCAGUAGCGAUAAGCAAGGAACACGCUGUGGUAUCGAGGCUAUCCGCAAUAGAGGAGGCAGCUGGAGUUGAAAUCCUGUGCACAGACAAGACUGGCACGCUGACUCUCAACCUCUUAAGUUUGUCCCGAGACGAGAUAUGCACAGAGGCUGGCUUCACCCCCGACCAAGUACUGCUCUAUGCAUCCCUUGCAGCAACUCUAACAGACCCCGACGCCCUUGAUGCUGCUAUAAACGCAGCUGUAGAUAUGGGGGAGCGGCAGCAGUUUGAAGUGCUGGACUAUACGCCAUUCAACCCCGUGGACAAGCGCGCUGAUAGCAUAGUGCGUUCAAAAACAGGUGAAGUCACACUGGUAACAAAAGGAGCUCCUCAUGUUAUCAGCGAAUUGGUCUGCGCACCAGGCGAUACAGCAACACAGCAACGUCUGAGAGCAAUAAUCGAAGAAAAGGCCAGGAGAGGACUACGUACGCUGGGUGUCGCUAUUAAGCCAGUUGAUAACGACGCUAUCACGAAACUUGACGAAGCAUCCGAAAUUUGCAACAAAACUGCAUGGACGCUGGUUGGAUUUUUAAGUCUAUUAGACCCGCCUAGACCUGACACCAAGGAUACAUUAGAACGCUCGAAAGGUAUGGGAAUCAGUGUAAAGAUGCUCACAGGAGACCAGCAGGCGAUUGCAGCUGAAACAGCCAGGCUACUAGGUCUCGGGGACAACAUAUCUGGGCCUGAGAUAUUCAGGUCAAGACCAAAAGGCCUCGAAAGCGACUUAGCGUUCCGCGAGUAUAUUAGCUCUGUAGAUGGUUUUUCUGGAGUGUACCCUGAACAUAAAUUCGAAAUCGUAGACAACCUCCAGCAAGGGGGCUGUCUAGUGGCCAUGACAGGUGACGGAGUUAACGAUGCACCAGCCUUGAAGCGAGCAACGUUUUAUGACCCUUUUGUUCUGGUGGGGCUGCGUCGUGAUUUUUGA